UCCCAGCUGAGUGCAGCCCCUGUGCUGACUGACUGUGGAGGGCGUGUUCACUCCGUUUACUCAGCACACAUACUUAGACAUACACACUCACGCACACACAUACACAUCCACCGCACUCUGAACAACUUUUUACCUAAACUUUUUCACAGAUGGAAGUGGCGGGAGCUGUCAAGUAAGGGGUCGGCUCGUGAAAGUUGUGGUGCACUCUUUGAAAGAUAUCCUGUUUGCCAAACUCCUAACCCCUUGGAAAGGAGGAUCGCUUUGCGCAUGCGUUAAGUACUCUAAGGUUUAUGUUCAUACACGCUUCUGUCUCAGGGAUGGAAGGGGAGCGGGUUGACUCUGUUCCUGAUCUGAGCCACCUGACAGAGCAGGAGCAGUCCACCAUCCUCCAGGUCUUACAACGUGACUUGGAGUUGCGACGUCGUGAUGAAGGACGUGUAAGGAUCCUCCAGCAGACAGGGACAGACCCGGCACGUCUGCGCCUCCUGUCGGGGUCAUGGUUUAGUGAGGAGUGCAGCAAACGCCAUCGUAACCGGGUGUCGGGCUGCGAGCUCGUCCACGCCACCAUACGCUGCAGGAGGGUGAAGAGCAGAGAUGUGCCUCUGACUGAACUGUUUAAUGGAGAGACAGAGGAACCCACCAACAACAACAACACUUCUCCUGAGGCAGAGAGAAGACUGAAGGACAGCAAAUAUGAGGAGAAUGAUGGGAGUUCAGGAAGUUUGACACCUACACCCACACCCAGAACAAAAAGUCCUGUAGCACAGGGUCUCCAACAUACAAGUAGUUCCUCGUCAUCCAAAGACUGCGAAAGGAGAAGUAAUGGCCAUUCAGAGGAACCUGAGGAUGACUUUGACGGUCACAACGGAGACACUGACUCACUGAGCAGCAGCCUGACAGAGCCAGUUUCUCUGAAAACCAGCAGCUCCACCAGCAGCCUUCAUUCAGGCUACACGCUCAGUGGAAGCAUGAUGAGUCUGUUCAGCUCGGGAGAUUUUGGACUGGUGGAGGUGAGGGGCCGUAUCCAGUUCUCAUUGGUUUACGAGACCCAGAAGGAGGAGCUGCUAGUUAAAGUGUAUCGCUGUGAGGACAUCGCCUCAGCACGAAAGAACCGCUCCGACCCAUAUGUUAAAACCUAUCUCUUACCGGACAAGUCGAGUCACAGUAAGAAGAAAACUUCAGUGAAGAAGAAGACACUCAACCCGAUCUAUGAUCAGACACUCAGAUAUAAAGUGAGGAUUGGGGAGCUGCGGAGUCGGACCUUGAACCUGUCGGUGUGGCACGCCGAGCCCCUCGCGAGGAACGUGUUCCUGGGUGAGGUGGAGGUGGCUUUGGCCCAGUGGGACUGGACGUGCAAUCAGCCGCUGUGGCAGGACCUGCAGCCACGGGUUCAUUUGAAUCCUGACUCCAUUAGCAGUCGUGGGACCAUUAUGCUCUCUAUUAAGUUCAUCCCAGACGGAUUCGAGGGUGGUGGUCUGCCACUGACAGGAGAGGUUCACAUCUGGCUUCGGGAGGCUCAGGGUCUCCUGUCCAACAAAGGAGGUGCAAUAGACUCAUUCGUCAGAAGCUACAUACUCCCGGAUGCUAGUAGACAGAGUGGUCAGAAGACACGUGUGGUGAAGCGCUCUAUCAGCCCUACCUACAAUCACACCAUGGUGUAUGAUGGCUUCCACACCAGCGACCUGAGAGAGGCCUGCGCUGAGCUGACUGUCUGGCAACGCGAAGGGUUAAAGACUCACACCUUGGGUGGGAUUCGUCUGAGCUGUGGAACUGGUCAGAGUUAUGGUGAGGCUGUCAGCUGGAUGGACUCCACAGAGGAGGAGAUCGCCGUGUGGACCUCCAUGAUUGAAAACCCAAACCACUGGAUUGACACGUCACUACCGAUCAGAACUAACCUCGCCCACCGGUCUGAGUGACUCAGACACACUUCUCGCACAAACACGCACGCAUGUUCAAAUAAUGGUUGGACUGAAAGAGCUCUCAGCACAUUUAACCUCUCUGUGACAGUGAUACUCAUACACUUUAUUUCUGUUGUUCAUACACAGAAACACACACACACACAGAGGAGUCAGUAGUGGUGCAAUAUUGUGAAUUAAUGGCGUAGAUCAGAACAUAUUUAGAUAUUAAACCAAAUCUGUCUUCAUCUCAGAUGUUUUGUUCGUAUGUUUUGGUUCAGUCUGUGUCUUAUGUGAGAAAAGUGCAUUUGUAAUCCAUUGUAGUUUAUUAAUUAAAUAUCAGACUUAAACUGCUGAUUCAUUUAGUGUUCUGAUUUACUUACUGAUAUUACAAGAGACAGUGAUUAAGUAAUUUUGUAGAAUUAAAUAACCACAGACACUAAUUUUCAAUUAUUGUUUCCUAAUUAUUUCAAGUUUUAUCCCAGCCCUUUCAACCACAUUCAAGUUUGUCAGAAAAAUAGGUCCUAUCACCCUCAUAUGCUGAUUAUUCUGAUUUUAAGGUGUCAUUACUGUAAUUGGAGAGCAUUGUGAAGGCCUCCAGUUACAUAAAUUCAGCCUUUCCUUCUAAUGGAUUAGCUGACUACCACCUUGUGGUCAGACUUUGUAUCUACUUUUACUUUUCAGGCACAGAGGAGACAAUGAAGAGUGAGGUCAAGAACACAAGAAAAGAAGUGACAGUGUCAUGUCAUUUGUUCUCACUUUUUUCCUCUAAACAGUUUUACAUCAAGUUUAUUCUCCAGUAUUCAUCAAAAGAUAGUAGAGGGUGGCAUUUAUCAUACAGGCCAGAGCUCCUGUCCAGCAGAUGGCAAUCUUUACAAUCCUGCCUCAAGCUAAAAUGGGAUCGGAAUUGGAGCUAUUUGUCUUCCAAAAUAAAGUCUCUCUGUUUUUUUUCUGUGUCUGUGAUACACACCCUCUCACCUGUUUUAUUUUUUAUUUAUUUUUAUUUCAUUUUUUACUGACCUGGCACACUGCUCCACUGCUAUGUUGUGCUUAUUCAAGAUGGAACCCAUGCAAAAUUCUCUGCGAGAUGCUCUGAAUGUACAAGAUAUAUCACAGAGUCUUUAGUAAUUUUGUCUACAUCUGUAUGUUUUUCCGUCAACACUAAUCGCCUCGAAGAAAAUAAUGAAUAUGCAAAUUAAACUGCGACUAAUUUGAAAUCUUUGGAUGGCCAGUUGCAUCGAUACUUUUAUUUUGUAGACUGUAGUCGGAUAUGGUGACCUUAUGUUUCUGUCCCGCUUGACACACUGACACAGGUGGACUGAGUGAUACAGGUGAGGGUUGACAGCUGUUUAAAAUGUCUCGGCUGCAGCUGCUGUUCAUCAGUGAGCAGUUGAGCGCGGCAGCAGAGGAAAUCUUUACGGCGGUGCAGAGGACGAUAACAGAGCAUGAGAGGGAAACUGUUUGCUCCAAAGAAGUAUUUAAGACUACUUAAGCCAUUUCUAGCAUAGCAUAGACUAUGCCAUAGACUGCACGUGAACACACCUGAGCCUUUAAAUGUUAGCAGUGGGCAUUGUGGGUAAUGUAAGCGCCAUUUUUGAGAAAGAAGGAACAUUUGUCGACAUUGUUAAAGGUGUUUCUGGCGUUAAACAUGUCAAGUUAUCAUGUGCUCCAGCUGUGCUAAAUGAUGAACUAUGUCAUGCAGCUAAUAAUCAUUAAAGGGCAAUGAUGUGCA